AUGUCCUCAAACAAUACUAAAGAUAGACCAAAGAAAAAGAAGCGACCUUCUGUUACUGUUAUCCAGGAAGCCGUUAAAGAAGUUAUUGAAUAUGGUCACAGCAUCAACAGCAUUGCACUCGCUCGUAAUAUCUCAAGAACGUACUUGGCUAGAAUUGUAAAUAGAGCAAAAGAAUCAGAUAAUCCAUAUGUUCACUGUCCUAAUAUAGGCAAUAGGCGCAUAUUUACAUUACAACAGGAAAAUGAUUUAGAAGACUAUCUCAAGAUAACAUCAAAAAUGUGUCAUGGCCUGUCAUACAAACAAACAAGAAAUUUAGCAUUUCAAUAUGCUGAAACACUUUCCGUUACCCCAGACAAAUGGAAAUCAAAUAAAGAAGCAAGUAUUGACUGGCUGCAGGGUUUUAUGAAGCGCCACAAAAGUCUAACAAUUCGCAAACCUGAAGCCACUUCUCUUUCAAGGGCCACUAGUUUCAACAAAACAAAUGUUAAAAUGUUUUUUGACAAAUUAACCGCACUUAUGACCAAGUAUAAAUUUCCACCACAUUUGAUUUUUAACCUUGAUGAGACUGGUUGCAGUACUGUCACAACUCCUCCAAAAGUAAUAGCUCAGCGUGGGACAAAGCAAGUGGGACAGGUUACUUCCGCUGAACGAGGCAACUUAGUGACAGUACUUUUCAUGAUCAAUGCUUCUGGAUCCUCACUGCCACCGGUUUUUAUAUUUCCAAGAGUUCAUUACAAGGAUAUUAUGUUAGUUAAUGGCCCAGUAGGAGCUCUUGGCUUAGCUAAUAGUAGCGGUUGGAUGAAUGAAGAAUGUUUCGUAUCAGCACUUCAGCAUUUUAUGAAAUAUGUUAAUCCAACAGAAGAAAAUCCUAUGUUGAUCCUUAUGGAUAAUCAUUGUACACACGUAAACGUUUCAGUCAUAGAAUUCGCUAGGAAAAAUCAUAUAAUUAUUUUAACUUUCCCACCACAUUGUAGCCAUCGCUUACAGCCACUUGAUGUGGCUGUGUUCGCGCCAUUCAAAUCAAGAUAUAAAAUAGUAAUGAAUGAAUGGAUGUUAUCAAAUCCUGGUGUUACAGUGACUAUUUAUCAUGUUGGUCAAUUUGUUAAAGAAGCAUUUUUGACGUCUUUCACGCCUCACAAUUUGACACAAGGAUUUGCUAAAACCGGCAUAUAUCCAUUAAAUUCAAACAUAUUCUCAAAUGAAGACUUCCUUCCUUCAUAUAUUACUGAUCGGUCUCUACCUACUGAGAGUGACUCUCAACAGCAAUCAGAAGAACAAUCUAACAUCGUGGAAGUAACAUAUAUUCAUGUAACUCAAGAUCCAACUCAUGUAACUGAAGAAUCCGAAUCAUCGCCUCAACUUAGCACUUCUACAAAAAAUAUAGUCCCACUUGAACGUAUACGUCCUUUUCCGAAAGCAGGGCCUAGGAAAAAGGUAAUAAGGUUGAAAGCGGUAGGAUUAUGGUUGAGUAAGAAUGAGAAUAAGAAGGAAUUAAAACCAAAAAGAGCGAAAGAAAAAGGAAAAAAAAAGAAAUUAGGAAACAUCGAAAAACAGAAUAUGGAGAGCCCAUUCAUGAAACAACUUUAA